AUGGGCAAUCAACCGACCGCUUUCAUCAGCAAGCUCUGGGACAUGAUCCAUGAUCCAGGAACCAACGACCUAAUUCGCUGGUCUGAUAUACAUGACAAUACCGUGUAUAUUCUUGAUGUGGCUGCGUUUUCCGAAAAGGUGUUGCCACACUAUUUUGCUCACAGCAAUUGGCCGAGUUUUGUACGUCAACUAAACAUCUAUGGAUUUCGCCGUGUCAAGGAUGAUUCGUCGCGUGGAUCGGAUUCUUAUCAAUUUGCGCAUGAUGACUUUACACGUAGUGGGGGACAAGAGCUUCAUCUUAUCAAGCGAAAGGGGCAAGGAUCAGGGGUUGCUACUACUGGUGGUGCUAAUACAAGUGGCAAUACCAAUGUUAUGGAACGACUUGACAAGUUGUUUGAACAACUCAACGCCUUGGAAUCGGAAUGCGCAUUGGUGGUAUCCGAGACUCAAACAUUGCACAGGAUCUAUGCACAACAACAACAGAUCCUUGCUUGCAUGUUGGAUCUCCUCCAAGAAUUGAAUACACAUCCGGAUCUUGCCGAGGUUCAAAGGCGAUUGCAAUCGGCCCUCGAAACUGCUAAUUUACGUGUCAAUCCUUUGGCCAUGGGUGGUGGUGGUGCAGCACCACCUACCACGCCCCUCCCUUUGAUGCAACAAUUACCAUCCAUUGCCGAGGCUGUGAGAACGGCUAAAGAAACCACUGAUUUACCCCCUCUUCAUGAUUCAACCCAUGACUCAUUCCAGCAACAAGAAUGA